AUGUCUGCUGUAGACUCCGCGACUGGUGCUGCGAGCUCCUCGAAGCCCGAACAAAAUGGGCAGAACGGUCAGAACGGUGGGCGUGAAGACCCUGGCGGCUUCAAGCUCAAGUUUUGCACCGUCUGCGCCAGUAACCAGAAUCGCUCCAUGGAAGGUCACCUGCGACUCUCUCUUGCAAAUUACCCCGUGAUUUCGUUUGGUACUGGUUCUCUUGUCCGACUCCCUGGGCCGUCCAUCACCCAACCCAAUGUCUACAAGUUCAACGAAACAUCAUACGAUAGUAUAUAUCGGGAGUUGGAGGCCAAAGACCCUCGCCUGUAUCGCGCAAACGGACUGCUGAACAUGCUUGGAAGAAACCGCCAAGUCAAGUGGGGCCCCGAGCGCUGGCAGGACUGGCAGAUUGGAAUGCCUAGAACCAAACAUAAGGAUGACAAGGGCGCCGAUGGCAUGGAGGGCGGCGUAGCUGAUGUUGUCAUCACCUGUGAGGAACGCUGCUGGGAUGCCGUGAUUGAUGAUCUCCUCAACCGUGGCUCGCCGCUCAACAGGCCUGUCCACGUCAUCAACAUCGAUAUCAAGGAUAACCAUGAAGAGGCUUCCGUCGGUGGACGAGCCAUUGUUGAUCUGGCAGACUCGCUCAACAAGAUCGCUACCGAGGAACGGGAGAAGGUUGGCGCUGAUGCCUUUGACUCGGGAAGCGUAGGCGCCAGGUCAGGAUUCGAUGAGCGCGUACCGGACGUCCUGGCCGAGUGGCAGGAGAGGUGGCCGAAUCUUCCUGCGACGUGGACUUUGGCUUGGUUCUAA